AUGCAAAAGAAGCAAGGGAGAAUGAUGGCUGGAAGAGGUAAAACAAAAGCUAACAGCGAAAUAAGAGAAACAAACGGAAAUCUACUAAUAGACAAUGAAGACAUUGCUAAUAGAUGGGAACAAUAUCUUCAGGUUCUGUAUCAGAGUGAAGAAAUAACAAGUCUAAAGAACAAAUGUAACCCAGAUAAUGAAGGCGCACCAAAGGGAAGAAUUCAACCAAGUCCAUAA